UGCUCCCUCCCACUGGCACCGAAGUGUUUCGCCGCUUCACCCUUGAGUCGCUGGCGGAGAUCGAGAGGCGGAUGGCCGAGGAAGCAGAGGAGCAGGAGAGAAAAAAGGCCCUGAACAUUGAGGUGGCAGAGGAGGACCUGCCAAAGCCAGCCGUCGACCUGGAGGCCGGCAAGGCCCUGCCAUUCAUCUACGGAGACCCGCCACCUGAGCUGUUCAACACGCCUCUGGAGGAACUGGAUCCUUUCUACAAAUCACACAAAACCUUUAUCGUCAUCACCAAAGGGAAUACAAUCUUCAGGUUCAAUGCUGAGCCUGCCUGCUAUAUUCUAACACCCUUCAGUAUUCUCAGGAGAGGAUCCAUCAAAAUUCUUAUACAUUCAUUAUUUAGCAUGUUCAUCAUGUUAACAAUCAUGUCCAACUGUGUGUUCAUGACGAUGAGUGACCCUCCGGCAUGGAGUAAAACUGUUGAAUAUGUUUUCACUGGUAUCUAUACCUUUGAGGCAACAAUUAAAGUGUUGUCCAGAGGCUUCUGUGUUGGAGAUUUCACAUUCCUUCGAGAUCCAUGGAACUGGCUGGAUUUUAUGGUGAUCAGCAUGGCGUACCUCACAGAGUUCGUUGACCUGGGCAAUGUGUCUGCCCUCAGGACGUUCCGUGUGCUCCGAGCCCUUAAAACAAUCACUGUAAUUCCCGGUCUGAAAACCAUUGUGGGCGCUUUGAUCCAGUCAGUGAAGAAGCUGGCCGAUGUGAUGAUCCUAACAGUGUUCUGCCUGGCUGUGUUCGCUCUGGUCGGCCUUCAACUGUUCAUGGGAAACCUGAAGCAGAAGUGUGUUUACUGGCCCCCUGUGGAAUGGCGUAUAAACUCUACCAACAUGGACAACAUCACUAUGGCCUUCAACGACACCAGUGGUUUUAAUGACGUCAUGGACUACAAUGGCACAAACAGCAGCAACAGUACGUGGGACUUCAAGGCAUACAUCGACGAUAAAGUGAACCAUUACUUCCUUCCUGGAAUGUUAGACCCUCUUCUCUGUGGAAACGCUUCUGAUGCUGGAAAUUGCCCUGAAGGAUACACGUGUAUGAAGGCCGGAGGGAAUCCCAACUAUGGAUACACAAGCUACGACAGUUUUGGAUGGGCCUACCUUGCCCUAUUUCGGCUCAUGACACAGGACUUCUGGGAAAAUCUAUUCCAGCUGACUCUUCGCUCAGCAGGGAAAACCUAUAUGAUUUUCUUUGUGGUGGUGAUCUUCCUGGGCUCGUUCUACCUGAUCAACCUGAUCCUGGCUGUGGUGGCCAUGGCGUAUGCCGAGCAGAACGAGGCCACCAUGGCCGAGGCCAAGGAGAAGGAGGAGGAGUAUGCCAUGAUCAUGGUGCAGCUGAAGGAAAGGAGAGAAGCAGAGGUCAAAGAGAGACAUGACAGGCAUCAUGAACACCAUGAACACGCUGAAAUUGCUGGCAGUCAGACGUCACUGUCCGGUAGAACAUCUAAGAAAGAGAAAGGUGAAAAGGCAGAUGAAGAGGUUGCUGAUGAUGAGGCGUGUACGUCCUCCAGCCUUUAUAGCGAGGCUAUAAAGGACUCCAAUGGAGGCCUCAUGAUCAGUGCCAACGCCAACAAGGUCCUGACAGACCAGGAGUCUGCUGUUGUGUUGAAGAGGGCCAGUGGACCCAAGGGGAGUAAGGACCAGCUGGAAGUAGUAGGCCUGCAGAAGAAGACACCCAGUUCAUCCAGUGUCUACAGCCAAGAUGACAUGGACGAUUUGGAGGAGGAACUGAGACCUUGUCCGCCUUGCUGGUACAAGUGUUCAGACAUCUUCCUGAAAUGGAACUGCUGUGUGCCCUGGGUGACUUUCAAGAAGUGGAUGUACUUCAUAGUGAUGGACCCAUUCGUGGACUUGGGUAUCACCAUCUGCAUUGUACUCAACACCAUGUUCAUGGCCAUGGAGCACUACCCCAUGACGCCAGAGUUUGAAGAAGUCCUGAGUGUGGGGAACUUGGUCUUCACAGGAAUCUUCACAGCAGAGAUGGUGCUGAAGCUCAUCGCCAUGGAUCCGUACUACUACUUCCAGGUCGGGUGGAACAUCUUCGACAGCAUCAUUGUGACAAUGAGCCUGGUGGAGCUGGGGCUGGCCAACGUCGAAGGUCUAUCCGUGCUACGUUCCUUCCGUCUGAUGCGUGUUUUCAAGCUGGCCAAAUCCUGGCCCACACUCAACAUGCUAAUCAAGAUCAUCGGUAAUUCAGUGGGCGCACUGGGUAACCUCACCCUGGUUCUGGCCAUCAUCGUCUUCAUCUUCGCCGUGGUGGGCAUGCAGCUCUUCGGCAAGAGCUACAAAGAGUGUGUCUGCAAGAUCUCCUUGGACUGCGAGCUGCCCCGCUGGCACAUGCAUGACUUCUUUCACGCUUUUCUCAUCAUCUUCCGGGUGCUGUGCGGAGAGUGGAUCGAGACCAUGUGGGAAUGCAUGGAGGUGGCCGGACAGGGCAUGUGUCUCAUUGUCUUCAUGAUGGUCAUGGUCAUCGGUAACCUAGUGGUGUUGAACCUCUUCUUGGCCUUGCUGCUGAGCUCGUUCAGCGGUGACAACCUGGCGGCUCCAGAGGAGGACGGGGAGAUGAACAACCUGCAGAUCGCCACCGGCAGGAUCACCAGAGGCAUCGACUGGGCCAAGGCCUACGUCAUCCAGCAGUUCUGCAUUAUCAUAGGGAAGCAGCCUAAGGAGGAUGGAGACGGGGCUGACGGUAAUGGGGGUAGUAAUGGGGAUGUGGACGGCCUCCCAAAGGGCAGCUUGGCUUUGAAAAAUAUAAUCUCCAGUGACAACCCAAAGGCUGAUUUGGAGCUCACAAUGCUUGACGUUUGGAUAGACGAUGUCAACCCAAGUGGAUUUCUUACAAAUGACAAUUUGACCCUGGAUGUACCUAUUGCCAAAAUGGAGUCGGAUGAUGAUGAGGAUGACAUCUCUGAAGAGGAAGAAGGAGAAGGUGCAAAUGGAGAUGCUAAAGAGGAUACUGAGUUAAAGAAACCUAUUGCACCGGACAAUGCCUCUUCAAUAUGCAGCACAGUGGACAAUCCCCCUGAAGUGGAAGAAGAGGAGGAAGAAGAGGCAGACACCACCAACCCUGAGAACUGCUGGACCGAGAAAUGCAUUGGAAGAUGCCCGUGCCUUGAUUUUGACAUCACCGCGGGCAAAGGAAAGACUUGGUGGAACUUCAGGAAGACAUGCUUCCUCAUUGUGGAGCACAACUACUUUGAGACCUUCAUCAUCUUCAUGAUCCUGAUGAGCAGCGGCGCUUUGGCUUUUGAAGACAUAUACAUUGAGCAGCGCAGGACCAUAAAAAUCAUCCUGGAAUAUGCUGAUCAAGUAUUCACCUACGUGUUCAUUAUUGAGAUGCUCCUGAAGUGGGUGGCUUAUGGAUUCCAGGCCUACUUCACAAACGCAUGGUGCUGGCUGGACUUCCUCAUUGUGGAUGUGUCUUUGAUUAGCUUAACGGCUAACAUCCUGGGCUAUGCUGAACUUGGACCAAUCAAAUCUCUUCGAACUUUAAGGGCAUUGCGGCCCCUCCGCGCCCUGUCCAGAUUUGAGGGAAUGAGGGUGGUGGUGAAUGCUCUGGUAGGGGCUAUUCCUUCCAUCUUCAACGUGCUUCUAGUGUGCCUCAUCUUCUGGCUCAUCUUCAGCAUCAUGGGUGUAAACAUGUUUGCUGGGAAGUACUACUACUGCUUCAACACCACGUCUGAGGAGAGGUUCUCUGCUGACGUUGUGAAUAACAAGACCGAAUGCUAUCAACUAAUGGAGGGUAAUGAUGACGUGCGCUGGAUGAAUGCAAAGGUCAACUAUGACAACGUGGCCAUGGGCUACCUCUCCCUCCUGCAAAUAGCAACGUUUAAAGGAUGGAUGGAUAUAAUGUAUGGCGCUGUGGAUUCACGUUUUGUGGAAGACCAGCCCAUAUAUGAGGAUAAUGUUUACAUGUACAUCUACUUUGUCAUAUUCAUCAUCUUUGGGUCCUUCUUCACCCUGAAUCUCUUCAUUGGUGUCAUUAUCGACAACUUCAACCAACAAAAAAAGAAGUUUGGAGGGAAAGACAUUUUCAUGACAGAGGAACAGAAGAAAUACUACAAUGCCAUGAAAAAGCUUGGUUCCAAGAAGCCACAGAAACCCAUUCCUAGACCCCAGAACAAAUUCGCAGGCCUUAUUUUCGACCUGAUCACCCAACAAUUCUUCGACAUCUUCAUCAUGGUGCUGAUCUGCCUCAACAUGGUAACGAUGAUGGUGGAGACGGACGGCCAGAGCAAGGAGAAGGAGGAUAUACUCUUCCUCAUCAACCUGGUGUUUAUCAUCGUCUUCACCACAGAGUGUAUCCUCAAGUUGAUCGGACUGCGACAAUAUUUUUUUUCCGUCGGAUGGAAUAUUUUUGAUUUUGUCGUCGUCAUUCUCUCCAUCGUUGGUUUACUGCUGGCGGACCUCAUAGAGAAGUAUUUUGUCUCACCUACCCUUUUCCGUGUCAUAAGACUGGCCAGGAUUGGUCGAGUUCUGAGACUCAUCCGAGGAGCUAAAGGCAUCCGGACACUGUUGUUUGCCCUGAUGAUGUCACUUCCUGCUCUCUUCAACAUUGGGCUCCUGCUCUUCCUUAUCAUGUUUAUCUUCUCCAUUUUCGGAAUGUCCAACUUUGCGUAUGUCAAGAAGGAGGCCGGAAUAGACGAUAUGUUCAAUUUUGAAACUUUUGGCAACAGUAUAAUUUGUCUGUUCAUGAUCACAACCUCAGCUGGUUGGGAUGGUCUCCUCUCACCCAUUCUAAAUAGUAGAGCUCCGGAUUGUGACCCGGACGUGGAAAAUCCCGGCACAGAUGUAAGAGGCAACUGCGGCAGCCCUGGUUUGGGAAUUUGUUUUUUCUGCAGCUACAUCAUCAUGUGUUUCCUUGUUGUGGUCAACAUGUACAUUGCCAUUAUCCUCGAGAACUUCAAUGUGGCCACAGAGGAGAGUGGCGACCCUCUGUGUGAGGAAGACUUCGAGAUGUUCUACGAGACCUGGGAGAAGUUCGACCCUGACGCGUCACAAUUCAUCGCCUACGACAUUUUGUCGGAGUUCUGUGACACGCUUAAAGACCCGCUUAGGAUCCCCAAACCCAACGCAAUCAAGCUGAUCACCAUGGACCUUCCCAUUGUCCCUGGGGAUAAGAUCCACUGUCUGGACAUCCUGCUGGCGCUGACCACAGAGGUGCUGGGAGAGUCAGCGGAGAUGGAUGCCAUGAAAGAAAGCAUGGAGGAGAAGUUCAUGGCCAACAACCCCUCUAAAGUGUCAUACGAGCCAAUCACCACCACCCUGAGGCGAAAGCAGGAGGAGGUAGCAGCUGUUGUUAUUCAGAGAGCCUAUCGUAAGCAUCUGCUGAGACGUUCAUUGAAACUCGCUUCCUACAAGUACCGCGAGAAGAAAGCGUUAACCAAGGAGGACGAAGUGCCGCCAGAGACGGAGGGAAUGAUUGCCAUCAGGAUGAACAAACUGUAUGGAAGCCAACAAUCACUCGGAGUGGAUGAAACAGUUGUAGAUAUGGAUUCUCAUGAAAAACGGGAGAGCAAAGAACUGACAGAGACACAACUUCCUGUGGAGACUACUGAAGAGCCGCUGCCUGUGGAGCUUCAGAACGAGAUCAUCUUGCACUCUGCCCCCUUUGUCAUCCCGGCCUCAAUCCGUAUCUCACAGCUGAAAGAGUCCGAUGUUUGAAUAGCUAGUGCAACCAAUGGAUAAACACUGCAUCAUCAUGGUCUUCUGUCUUUGACGAUGAGACUGCUUGUUCAUCUCCAAAGUCCAACUUUGUUAUGUUUGGCUUGGGUCAGAGACAGGGUUCUCGCUAACUAAGACUCUGAGGGACA